CUCUCUCUCUCUCUCUCUCUCUCUCUCCUCCGUGGAUAUCGAUGCCUUUGUAUUUUCGAUUGUUAGUUGAACUUGUAGAGUUCUUGGGUUUCACGAGUUAAGCCCGGGAGAGUCAAUUUUAGACACAGCGUUAUGCAAUACCUGCGAGCUCCAUUUGUAAUACGGCCCUCUUGUGUUUCGCGUAACCCCUUUUGUUAACUAUUUGAACUCCGCAAGAAUCGGACGUGAAUUGUCUGAACGGAAAGUGGCAUGUCCGACUUGCCCUGUUCGGAGCAGGAUUUUCUCGACAUUUCUUCUGCCUUGAAUGAAGCUGCGGGCGCAAUUGUUGACGACUCGUUUACUAGAUGUUUCAAGUCAAAUGCACCCGAACCUUGGAACUGGAACAUCUACUUGUUUCCUCUGUGGUGCUUCGGAGUGUUAGUUCGGUAUCUUAUAUUAUUCCCAACAAGGGUUGUAAUACUUGCCAUGGGACAUAUAAUUUUCUUUUCGUCCUUCUUCUCUGUGCACUUUUUGCUCCAAAGGCAACAAGCUUUGAGGAGAAAGAUACAGAGGUUUCUAGCAGAGUUACUUUGCUGUUUCUACGUGGCAUCAUGGACUGGAGUUAUCAAGUAUCAUGGGCCACUGCCAAGCCUGCGCCCUAAUCAGGUUUUUGUUGCGAAUCACACUUCCAUGAUUGAUUUCAUCAUCUUAGAACAGGUGACUCCAUUUGCUGUUAUUAUGCAGAAGCAUCCUGGAUGGGUUGGUGUUUUGCAAAAUUUUAUCUUGGAGACAGUUGGGGGUAUCCCUUUCAAUCGAGGAGAGGCGAAGGAUCGAGAAGUUGUGGGUGAAAAGUUGAAGAAUCAUGUUCGGGGAAGUGACAACAACCCUCUCCUCAUAUUUCCUGAAGGAACAUGUGUAAACAACCAGUACUCCGUCAUGUUCAAGAAGGGUGCCUUUGAACUUGACUGUGCCGUUUGCCCAAUAGCGAUCAAGUACAAUAAAAUUUUUGUGGAUGCUUUUUGGAACAGCAAGAAGCAAUCCUUCACAAAGCAUCUGGUUCGGCUCAUGACGUCUUGGGCCGUUGUAUGUGACGUGUGGUACUUGGAACCCCAAAUUCGGAGACCAGACGAGUCACCAAUUGACUUCUCAGAGAGGGUGAGGGCCAUAAUAUGUGCAAGAGCAGGUCUUAAGAAGGUUCCUUGGGAUGGAUAUUUGAAGCACUCCCGGCCCGGUCCCAAGCUUAGAGAGCGAAAGCAACAAAGUUAUGCCGAGUCCAUCUUGCGACGGCUGGAGAAGUGAACAAAAAGAUCUGUUGCUUUUAAUUUUUGUGCUCAUGUUGCUAAAGCAAGUCAUACUGGAGUUUUGUAGCUUGAAAAGAAGUCAUAAUGUGACAAAUUAUAUCUUGAGGGUUUUUUUUGCUUGUUUGGACUCUUGAGAA